AAAGAUGGCUGCAACUUCAGUCCAAACCACCUUAACUUAUCCUUUACUUCUAGCUGAUGAGGAGAAACUCACAGCCUCUCAUCCUCCAAACAAAAAUGAAGUAUCUUUCUUUCGAACAUGUCUCAAUGGACUCAAUGCAAUUGCAGGUGUUGGAAUACUUUCAGUUCCAUAUGCUUUAGCCUCCGGAGGGUGGCUAAGUUUAGCACUUUUGUUUUUAAUAGCCGGAGUAACAUUUUACUCCGGUAUAUUAAUGAAAAGAUGCAUGGAAAUAAAUUCAAACAUUAAAACAUAUCCUGAUAUAGGCGAACUUGCUUUCGGAAAAACAGGAAGGUUAAUAGUAUCGAUAUCGAUGUACACUGAGAUCUACUUGCUUUCAAUAGGUUUCUUGAUUUUAGAAGGAGACAAUUUGAGUAAUUUAUUUCCUAUUGAAGAUUUUCAUGUGGCUGGUAUAUCAAUUGGUGCAAAGCAAUUUUUUGUGAUAUUGGUUGCACUAAUUAUUUUGCCAACUGUUUGGUUGGAUAAUUUGAAGUUGCUUUCUUAUGUAUCUGCAAGUGGUGUCUUUGCUUCUGCUAUUAUUAUACUGUCCAUAGCAUGGACUGCAGCAUUUGAUGGAGUUGGUGUUCAUCAAAAGGGUGAUUUGGUAAAUUGGAAUGGGAUUGCAACUGCUGUUAGCUUGUAUGCUUUUUGCUAUAGUGCACAUCCUAUUUUUCCUGUUCUCUAUACUUCCAUGAAGAACAAACAUCAAUUCUCUCAAGUUCUUAUUGUCUGCUUUAUGUUAACAACUGCCGGUUAUGCAUCAAUGGCUAUAAUUGGUUACUUAAUGUUUGGUUCAAAAGUUGAAUCACAAGUAACAUUAAACCUUCCUUUAAACAAAAUAAGUUCAAAAAUAGCAAUAUACACAACCUUGGUAAACCCAAUAUCGAAAUUUGCUUUGAUGGCAAUACCAAUUACAAAUGCUUUGAAAGAGUUACUUCCAACGACAUACAAGAAUAAUCGAAUGACUAACAUCUUUAUGAGUACUGCUCUUGUAAUUAGCAUUGUUGUCAUUACAUUGACUCUUCCAUUUUUUGGAUCCCUCAUGUCAUUGGUUGGAGCAUUUUUAACUGUCACAGCUUCUAUUUUGCUUCCUUGUUUGUGUUUCUUGAAGAUUUCAGACACUUACAUGAAGUUUGGGCUUGAAACAAUUACAAUAAUGGUAAUAAUAUUUGUAGGUUUAGUAAUGGGAAUUUCAGGGACUUACACUUCAAUUGUUGAACUAAUACAAAAUUUGUAAUAGGCAAAGUAUUGUGUAAAAUAUUAAUACAUUAAAAUAAUAUU